GUCCAGGCUGCUCGGUACAACAUGGCCAAGUGAGCGAUGAUAACUGAAGAAGAAAAAAAAAGACGACGUGUACAUCACGAAUUCAGCGAGGUGUUCAUCAAGGAGACCUCUUCCUUGAAAGUUUCACUGCUUUCAAAACAAGCGUCCUUGCUGCUUCACAUGCGUGGUCCAAGCGGGGACGCUUUGAGCCUCCUCGCGUCUCGAGCGGCGUGAUCUGGGCUGCUACAGCUGCUGCAUGCGUGCAGACACGAGAAAACCCUGGAUUUCAGUGAAGAUUUGAUGUCUGUGGAAUGGUUUUGCCAUCAUGGCGGCCACAUGGAUGUCGGUGGUUGUCAUGCUGGUAGGAGUGGCGGACGUGUACGCGGUGAAAAACGAGAGUGACAGUCGGCCAUGCGCGAGCGUCCACGCGUCCAGUUCAGUGGUGGCGAUGGGGUCGCCCGUAGAAGCCACCUGCACGAUCGCCAAUGGCUGCCCCCUCCUCGUUGGCGAUGUGGAGUGGCGACUGGACGACCUGGUCUUUCCCAGCAUACCCGUGGCCAAUGGGAGCAACAGAUCCUAUCGAGUGGUCAUCCCCAGUUUCACACACACCAAGGCCGUCCUCACCUGCUGCGUCCACACCUCGUCCAUGCCGAUCAUCGGAGGGGUGGUAAUCCGUGCUGGAUAUCCCCCUCCAGUGCCACAGAACCUAAGCUGUCAGGCCAACCUCUCCACCCACAGAAGCCUGACCUGUAUCUGGGAAGCCAACCUGCAAGUGACCCACCUGCCCACAAAGUACACCCUCCACACACACAUAGGGAGUUUAAACAAGAACCACGCUUACGAGCUGCCACCGGGGGUCCAGAGCUAUACCAUCCCUCGCACCGGCUUUGUGUUAUUCUCAGAAAUGGAAAUAUAUGUAAAAGCUGUGAAUCAGCUGGGAGAAGCGAGUUCAGCGCCGCUCACUUUGGAGCCUGUCAGUUCAGCUAAAUUUGACCCGCCAAAGAUUGUGAAAAUCCAAGCGGUGCAGCUCGGCUGCCUCCGGCUAAGAUGGGACUUAUCCAAGCACGAGCACUGGAUGAAGGACUACAUGAGCCUUGAAGUCAGACUGAAGACGGCGGAUAGCAGCCUGUGGAACCAACCACCAAUCCUGGUGUCUCGGGUGCAGCCCAAGAAGCCUGUGGACCGGUGUCGUCUGCUGCACGGGAUGCAGUACGUGGCCCAGAUCAGAGUUCAAUACCAGCAAAGCCCCUGGAGUGAAUGGAGCAGCAGCCAAUCUGCAGUCACCAUGGAGAGUGCUCCCACAGGACUCCUGGACACAUGGAUGAGGGGGACAGGGGAUCACAUGCACAAACAGCUCCAAAUGCUCUUGUUUUGGAAGCCCUCACAGUGGUUCAGAGCCAACGGGCGAAACAUGUCUUACAUUGUCUCGGUGCAAAAAGUGGUGAGUAAGAGGGGAACGCUCUGCACUACCGCCAGGAGUCAUUGCACCUUCCAGCUUCCCCGGAGAGCAAGGAAAGUGUACAUCAUUGCAGUGAAUGCAGCUGGGAAAUCCUCCCCUACGCAAGUCAGAAUCUACCGUCCCAAAGCGCAUGAGGCGAUAUCGGACGUCAGCGCCGUCGCUCUUGAUAACGGAUCCCUUCUGGUCCAGUGGAAGAAGCUCACGUCAGCCAAUCUUGUUGAUUACGUGGUGGAAUGGAGACCUCUUUUACGGAACGACCUCUCCUUUGUUCAGUUUGAGCUGGCAGGCGGGAAUAUGUCCAACCUCGUCAUAACAGGCUUUGAGCCGUACAAGCCCUACGGGAUCUCCGUGUAUCCCAGAUUUAAGGACGGGAUCGGCCGGCCUCAGACUGUUAAUGCCUACUCGCUGCAGAAGGCGCCAUCUGUGGUUCCAAAUAUAACUAUUGAUAAGAACUGGCAGUCUCACGUGGAACUCACCUGGGAUGAAAUACCUUUGGACCAACGCAACGGGAUUAUUCGCAGCUACAAACUGUUGUACUGGGAUGAGGCAAAGCGAGUUCAUGUGGCGAUUGGAGACCUGGAAGAGAGACGAGUGGUCCUGACAGGCCUCCACGCCUUGUCUGUUUACGAUGCUGUGUUGACGGUGAGCACGGACGGCGGGAGCCGAAACGGGUCGAUGGUUCAUUUUGAUAUCAAAGGAAUGGAUGGGGUGGCUGUCGUGUUGAUGGUGGUGUUGCCCGGGGUGGGUUUAGCUCUGCUUUUCAUUGUCACGGUGGUGUCUUGUUACACCAAAGAAAGCAGGCUGAAAGUGCGCUUUUGGCCCUCUGUUCCCGAUCCUGCAAACAGCAGCAUCAAAAGUUGGACUUCUGAAUCCACACAGGAUAUCAUAUCUUCUUGGGGCAGUGAAGAGCCUAAUCCAAUAUACCUGUCCCACCUGAGUUUCCUGGAGCUCCCCAUGAAACCAAACAAAGAAGAGGAAGAUGAUAGUCCUUGGUCUCACGGCCCAGAAGACACCAGCGACCUUGGAGAGUCCAUUUGCGGCUCCCCUUUCCUUCCCGUCUUCUCGUCCUCAAACAGUGACUCCGUCCCUUACGCCACCGUCAUUUUUCCCGCUCCAUGCUCGCCACCCCAGCAGCACCCCCACGUGUACCUGCGCUCGGAGUCCACGCAGCCUCUGUUGGAGUCGGAAGACCUCCAGAGUCCAAAGUGCUACCAGAACCUGGCAUGUGACGGCUCGCAUGGGGAACAGUGCUUUUUUGGACCGUGUGGGGGUCCCGCGGAAGGAGAAGAGGCGGAGCCAGCCAUUCAUUGGGAUGACUUCCCUUUUUUAAGAUCAUUAGCCAUAAGUGACACUCAGUGAUGUGCAAACUGUGGUACGUGUACCCGCAAAAAUACAAUCACAUUGCAGACAUGUACACACGGAAUAGUGGUACCAUCCAAAUUCAAAAUGAACGUUUAAUUUGCCUCAUGCACCACAAGCCAAUUAGCUGCAAGUGCACGCCACACAGUCCAAGAUAAACGGUGGUACUUAUUUUUGAGGUGGUACGGCUCAGGUGGUAGAGCGGUCGUCUCCCCACCUGAACAUUGCUGGUUCGACACUCCGUCCUUCCGUGACCAUGUGAAAGUAUCCUUGGGCAAGACACUGAACCCCCCCCUUGCUCCUGAUGCUGUGUCAUCAGCAGGUAAAUGUGGGAAUCGUGUCUUUAAAGUGGGAUAGUGUCGAAGAGCUACGAGUACCUUGAAGGUAAAAAAGAGCUGUACAAGUCAAAGUCCAUUUCCAUUUACUUUUAAAUGUUUUAUUUGUAAAUGUAUUGUGCUCUGGUGUGUAAUCUUGGUAAAAAUCAAUGAAGGAAUCACUUAGUUGAUUACACAGAUGUACAUUCUCUAUCACAGGGGCUUUUCAAGUUGUGGCACUGUCAGCCACCCCCUGAAAAACCGAUUUUCUCAAGCAUAUUUUGUUUAGUUUCCUGCUCAGCCCAGGCUGUGUUUACUCACUCACUGCAAGAACUCUAAAUCUGUUUGUUUAACAGGUUCGAAGCGCGAUUUUUGUUUAUUUUUCUCAAGCUGCUAUGCCUCACCUAAAGUUUGCCGGCACCUUUCAGGCGAGGCCCGCCUCACUCUUUGAAAAAAACCCUGCUCAUCCUAUGCUUUUUUUUAUAUAUAUUUUUAAAUAAAGCAUUGUUACAUUAUUUGAACUUUUAUAACCUACAAAAACGAAGAGAAGCCCAUUUUUGCGACGCACCAUCAUUCUGGUAAGAACAGAAAUGUGAAAAAAUUAUAUUCUAUAGCCGAAUGACCUAUUAUUUACUCUGUAGGGAAGGCAAGUUUAUUUAUUGAUCAUAUCAUCAUAUACAAAAGUUAUUCAGUGUGCGUCAUGACAAAUUGGGUAAUGGUAAUGGUUUCAUUUUAUUUGAACAUGCAUACAAGUUACAAUGGAAUACAUCACAUAAUUCAAGUCACAGUUCCACAUGUCCAAAAGGACACAGCUCUGGUGUGCUUUCCCCAGAACAAAAGGCAGUAGCAUCAUCCACAAAUAAUACCAACUUUAAGUCUUUCGUCACUUUGCAGAUGUCGUUGAUAUACAAGUUGAACAGUUUGGGUCCCAAUACUGACCCCUGGGGUACUCCACAGGUAAUAUUUAAACCUGCAGAUGUGUAUUUUCCUAGCUUUACAAAUUGCUUCCUGUUUGCUGGGUAACUUUUAACCCAAUUCUAAACUAAUCCUCUAAUUCCAUACCUUUCUAAUUUUGUUGUUAGGAUGUGGUGAUGAAAUGUAUCAAAGGCUUUUGUGAGAUCCAUAAAUACUGCAGCUGCACAUUUUCUGUGGUCUAUAAUUUCCUCCGUGAUUUCAAUCAGUGUCAUGGAGGUCGGAAUGUUAGCUCUGCAUCCCUAUUGGCUACCUGCUAUUCUUAUUGAUAAAUUUGUCCAACCCGUUAUUGAAUAGCUUCUCAAUAAUUUUAGAAAAUUGGGGUAAUAAGGAAACUAGUCGGUAAUUUGUAAAUUGAUGUUUGACUCAAUUUUUUAAAAAUUGGCACUCCUUUAGCUAUUUUCAUUUUGUUAGGAAAUUUUCCAGAUAAGUGACCGAUAUAUGUUAACGGUUCUACGAUGUCAUUGAUCACCCUUUUUAUUGUUUCCAUUUGGAUUCCAUUAAA